GGCAGCGCGGGCGGCGUAGAACCUUUCCCCCAGAAGCGCUGGGGAACACGCCCGCUGCAUUUUUUAAGCCUGGCGCCUUUCGGGCCGUCCGUGGCGACGCCUUCGGGUGGUGUGUAAAGCGGGUUCGGGAUACCCAUCGCCGCCCGAAGGCUGUUGGGGGUGGGGCCCAAACGUCGGUAUUGGAAUCGGAGUCUUGUGCAAUGAUGGUGGCAUGCGGUUUUCGUCUGGGGAAGACAUGCCCACCACACCACACUGGCGCUCUCACUCACAGCUCCGCCUCGCAUUUAGCACAAGAGCAUAUAUUUGAGGAACCGGAGAAGCACCACUGCACUUGGUGGAUGCAGGUUGGCCUCAAAUAA